UUUUGCUACUAAACUAACUUUAGCUUUGACAACAAGGACAAAGCGGCUGCUACAAACCGCUAACGUUACAUAUGCUAACGUUUAACGUAGCAGUGGAAUGAACCAACAAUGGACACCCAUAUCAAGUCAUCACAUGGAUUCUUCCAGCAGCUCCCGUCUGAACAGGAAAUCGGUGAUACCCUGACACGCAGUGACCAGAGCAGUUGUGAAACGUCCUGGAGGAGUUCCAGAUGGUCUGCCAAGAAGGUCCACCAUUGGUCUACCGUGACCAUAAUGCAACGAUCACAUGGACGAUCCACCCCAUGGGCGCUUCACAGCUGGACAUCCAGGAGCAAGGAUCUCUCAGUCGCUGCGUGAACUGCGGGAGAGCCGUCUGGAUCUCCGGAGGAACAGAGUCGCAUGCAGCAACACCAAAAGCAGCUUCAGAGGCAGACUCAGCAGGCCCAGGAGCUCCAGAGUCAGCUGCAGUUAAAGGGCGCCUGGAGGAAGAGAAUGAAGCACUAAUGAAAAGGAGUAUAAGCUGGAGUGGAGAGCUCAGGUGUAGCAGUAAUGACAGAAAAAUGCUCUUUGCAGAGUUGCAGCACGGGGCAGAUUGGCUGCAGAGAUGCACCCAGGUGGGGCACAGAUGUAAAGACCUGCAGGCUCAUCUGGGGCAGAGACCUACCUCACUUAUACAGUGCCAGAAAAACACACAGGACACCAGGAGCAGGUUGCUUAGUCCAGUUUCACAGCUGGGCUGAGAAUGAUGAACAUGAAGAAGGAUCUGGGAUGUCUGUGGAAUAGCGAGCUGCAGGAGAAGUAGAGAAGCUCUCUGGCCUUCUGGAGGAUGAAAGAAACCUCAGCAUGGUGGCCCAAAACCGCAGGACCUGGUAAAAGACAGAGACGAAGACUGUGACAAGGACAGACGAAAAGGAGACAGCAGCAAC